AUGUCCAAUACACCACCACUACAACAAGAACAACGAGAAUUUCGUCUAUUUCCAAGGCUCCCCACCGAGAUACGGUGGAUGAUUUGGCGCUGCACUUGGACACCAAAAACCGUCGAAGUAGAACUAAAAGUUCCUGCUCCUAUAAUACGUUGUCCUGAUGAUGGUUAUGAUCGUCUUCCUUGUAUUACAGACUCUUCUGGGAUGGAAGUGCUCCCUAUCUCAAGCCAGGUGAACAAGGAGUCGCGGCAUGAAACUCUAAUGUUUUACAGGCCCUCCUUUGUUCGCGAUGACGGUGUGUGGAAGGUGCAGGAUGGUCACAGCUAUUUCAAUGGUUACUGUUAUUUCAAUUUUCAUCUCGAUAAUUUGUACACUGGAAGGCAACACUGGAUCCGGCGAUGGCUAGGUACUGAUAAUUGUCGACAACUUCAACGACUGACUGUCUCAUCAAGCUUCUUCCUCCCGCCCUCGCAACCCCGUUCUUCCUUUCCUGCUCCCGGUCUGCCCGCUAAGUCGGUAACGAAGUCGUUUGAGGCGCGCGAAAUUGAUGAAUUCUUGGACAACAAUUACCCCAAGCUAAGUGAAAUCACCAUGAUCGACAUGACAUGGGAAACGAAGAUCCAACCAUUCCAGCUCUAG